ACACAAUACAUUAAUAUUAGUGAACCAGGAAUAAGUCAAUUAAGAAUCAAUGGUAUCUUUUUCAUCAAAUUUAGUGUGCUCAAGCCAGCAGUGUGCCCAGCAGCAGACAUUUGAAGUGCAGACAUUUGAAACUAAUGAACUAAAUGACAUAAACCGAGGUAAUAUCAGCUAUUAUUCAUAUGCUGGUGUUCGUCUAAUACACACUGCUAAGGAAGGGGCUACUACAGACUCUGAGUCAUUUGCUGUAUCUAGUUCUGGCCUGUAUCUGGCUAUAUGGGACCAAGGAUCUUGUACUGUCAUUAAUCGAAUUGUUGUAUUCUACAAUGUCUGUCCUUAUCAAGUAUUGAAUAAAGCUAUCUAUCCAGAGACAGUAGCUCCUCAAGGGGGCUUUGAUCCAGAUAAAAAUGUGAAUGCUACUUGCAUUGAUAAUGCUAGUCCUACAUCAUCAAAUAGUUUAAGUAUAAGUUGUAGGAUAUUAGGAUUGUGGAUUGGAUCAGCUUCAUGUCAAUGUAACACUGGAUAUGAAGCUAAUGGUACAGUUUGUCAAGCUUGUCAAGAAGGCACCUACAAGCCAUUCACAGGAGACAGUGAAUGUAAUGGUUGUCCUGAUAACAGUUACUCAGCUAGUCCUGGUUCUGUAUCCUGCCAGUGUCUGUCUGAUUAUUAUAGAGCACCUCAUGAAGGUGUCGCUGUGAGCUGCACUGCUCCUCCUAGCUCACCUCAGAACUUAACAAAUACUUCAGUCACAAAGACUAUCAUUAACAUUUCCUGGCUAGAGCCUGCUUAUACUGGAGGCAGAAUUGAUCUUUAUUAUGUCAUCAGCAUUAACAGCUCAAUCAAUGUCAUUGAAUAUAGUACAGGACAUACAAACUACACACUAAUGGGAUUAACUCCAUUCACAACAUAUGAAAUACAAGUGAUUGCAAGAAAUGGAGUGUCAGAUCAAGACAAUGCUAAUGAUAGCAGUAGAACUGUUACUAUAACUGUCACUACUCUCAAUCCCUGCAAUGAAACCUGUUCAUCUGGUUUCUAUUUGAAUCCUGAUGGAUGUACCUGUGGUUCAUGUGGAGUGUCUAAUUGUUUAAGAUGUCAAUUGCUUAAUUCCAGUUGUUGUACUCAGUGUCAAUUAGGAUAUGAAAUAAAUGAUUGUGAAUGUGAGGCAGCAAGUUCUUCAUCAUCAGUAGACGUUUAUGAAUCAGUUUCUUCUUCACUUGAUUCAUCAGUUACAAAUCCACCCUCAACUGAAACUCCUCAGUUAUCAUCUUCAACGCUAACAAUUGUAGCUCCUGUUGUAUUUGUGCUAAUACUCUGUGUUUGUAUUAUCAUAGUAUUUGUGAUUGUGAUAAUUGUUAGGAGGAACAGAAAGAAGAAAUUUGUAAAUUUAGACUUGUGUCAUGUUGAUGACUUUAGAAUUUCUCUGGAUUUGAAUUCAGCUUAUCAAAAAGUACAUCAUCAAAAUGAAGAGACAUCUACAGAUGACACUGUUAUGAAGCAAAAGUUGAUCAAAUAUUUAAUACCGUCUUCACAGAUUGAUAUACAAGAAACCAUUGGCCAAGGUGAGUUUGGAAUUGUUUAUAAAGCAACUAUGAAAGCAACGAAUAAAAGUCAACAAGAAAUUGCUUUAAAAACACUCAAAGGAACAUUUUCAAAGAGUGAUGUCGAUUGUCUUCUUGAAGAGUGCCUACUGAUGUCAAACUUUGAUAAUCCUAAUGUGCUGUCUCUCAUUGGAGUGUGUGCUGACCUGGGAUCAGCUCCAGGGAUCAUCAUGCCUUAUAUGUCAAAAGGAAGUCUAUUGUCUUAUUUGCAGAAAGAGAAAUCUCACCUUAUAGUGGGAGCAACCAGUGAAGAAAGCACAGUGCUAAAUGUUA